CGCCGCGGAAAGCUGCCUGCGCAUGCGCAGCCACCCGGGGCUUCCGGGAGCGGCGUGGGCGCCCGUGGUGCUGACAGCCGGAGGGACGGCGCGGCGGCGGCCGGCGCGGGGUCACGGACAUGGCCAUAGCGGGGCUGCUCUCGUGCCUCCUGGUCGCGCUGGCCCCCCGCUGCGCAGGUGGAACUAACCUGAAAAGCCCUCAAGAUAUUCAGGUCUAUGCUGUAAAUACAAACUUCACUCUAAGGUGGAACUACACUGAGGAUGAUACCCACGUGAUGUUCUCAGCUCAGUACCGCUGGUUUGAAGACUUUGAGACAGAUGAAACAGAAUGGAAAGAGUUGCCUGGGUGUCAAAAUGUCACUCUCACUGAAUGUGACUUUUCCUCAGCAAUAACUGAUUAUUACAUUAAACAUCAUCUGCGUGUAAGGGCUGAAACAAGGGAGGACAAAUCUCCAUGGUCUCGUAUUUUUGAAAUGAUUCCGUAUUAUAUAGCUCAGAUUGGUCCCCCAGGAAUAGAGUUGCAGUCCACAAAUGGAGUAAUAAAAAUUAAGGUUUCUCCUCCAGAAGCAAAUCGGGUCCAAAAAAUGUGGAUAGAUUAUCUGAGUUUUAAAUAUAACUUAGUUAUCUGGGAAAAAUCAUCAAAGGCAGAGUUCAGAAAACAAAGUAUAUUUCCUACUGACACAAUUACUGAUCUUGCACCAGAGACUACCUACUGUUUGAAAGUUCAAGCAACCCUUCCUUUGGAUGCUCAAGAAGGCUUAUUCAGUCCCAUUCAUUGCAUAAAAACUACCCAAAAAGCAAAAGACCUACUUUGUCCAACAAAUGUGAGAGUUCUUGCUUUGAACAUGAUGUUUCAUCUUCACUGGAAUAGUCAGUACAAACAACGUGUGAGCUAUACUGUACAGUAUCUCCUGGGGUAUCUCAAGAAACUUCAUAGUGAUCACUCAGCGAAUUGGCCCCAUGUACAUGGAUGCGAAAACAUCACUAAUACAAAAUGCAACUUCUCAUCUAUCAUCACUACUGCUCUUGGAUUUUAUUAUCUCCGUGUGCAGGCAAUGAAUGAAUAUAAUAGAUCGUGCUUGUCUGAUGAAGUAAAAGUAGAUCCUCUAGUAACAAAUGAAAUCGGCCCUCCCAUUGUAAAAGUGGACAUCAGUGAUGCUUUGCUCCAUAUCCAGAUUUCUCCUCCGGGAGGAUCUGAGAACAAGGUCUUGAGGGACCAUUAUGACUUAUCUUACCGGGUUCUGUAUUGGAAGAAUUCAUCAAAUAAUGAGGAGGAAAUGAAAAUGAAAGUGAUAAAACAGACAAUAGGGACAGUUUCUGAUCUAACACCCUCAACGUUGUAUUGUGUAAAAGUGCAAGCAUUCUCAGAAGCUUACAACAAAAGCAGUCAUUUCAGCAAGGACGAAUGCAUCAGAACAGCUGGAGAUAAAAUGUUACCUCUGAUCAUUUUAGCAACAUUUGUAAGUGCCCUGAUUGCCGUCUUGCUUGUGGCAACACUCAUCAUUUUUGUACUAUAUCAAGCAUAUAAUCAGAUCAAGUAUGUGUUCUUUCCAUCAUGCCAUCCUCCUUCAAACAUAGAGGAUCUUGGAGGACAACCUUUCAGCCAUCCGUAUCUAUUAACUACAGAAGAGCCAACAGAAAACUUUCGUAUAAUUGAAAGUAUCAUCACAGAAGAAACAAAUCAAAUUGAUUUUAAAGACUACAAACAUUCUAAACAGAGCAGUCGAGAUUCAGGAAAUUAUUCUAAUGAUGAUGAUACUUCAGGGAGCAAAGUGUCAGAAGAAGUGCUAGAAAAGGAAAUAGUAUAGCUUAAGAAAAUAAAACUCAAAUAUGGAACUAGCAGCAUAACAAGCACUUAAACUUUUUUAUUAUGAAAGUCUCAACCUAAUGAAGACAGCAUGACUUCGGGUUCUGGGUGCUGAAGCUCUCAAACCUGAAAUUUGCUAGUGGAAAGUUACUCUCCUUCUCUGCUGCAAGUGGACUCAAGUCAAAACGCAAUUGACUUGUAAUAACUCUUAUGCCAUUUUGACUGAAUUUUCUGCUUACGAUAAAAAGGAUGUCAUCUGAACAAAGAGGAGCAGAUCUGUACGCUUCAUAUACUUGAACCCGAUAACAUCAGUGAAAGUCUACUGAUGUUCUGCAAAAAGUUUCCUACUAUUUAGGAGAUUUAUUUCAAAUGCCAGUGUGUACUAUGACAGAAGCCUUAAAAUCCAGUAUUGAGUCUUUGUGUAUUUAUACAGGCAGGAGGAAAUUGAUGCCUGAUACAAUUUAAGAACUAUUCUGACAUCCUCUCCCAGCCCCCUUGGGGCAGUCUUUUUUGGCUCAGCAGGUCCAGGGCAAAGGAUUAAAAGACAGCGAUAGCCUCAGCAAGGUGCCUACUCCAAGCCUCCUUGUAGAACUCCUUGUGGCCAUUGCUGCAGGGUGCUCCUGGUGCCUGCUCUCCUCUUCAUGUAGUUGUCCCUGCAUCAGGCUGCUCUUCUCCCACAGCGCUUAGUCAUCUGGGUGAGUCGGAGGGGGGGGGGAGCAGGAAGGAGGUUCAUUCUGCUUAACUAUGAAAAAGUUUAUGAAUGAAGUUUAACAGUGGAAGCUCUUUGUAAAGAGAGCUUUGGUCAAAUUGUUUUGCACCACAUGUAGGACAACAAACAAUGAAUGUCCAAGCCAGAUGUACACUGCAAGAAGAAGACACAUUAGUUUAAUGACAAGGCAUGUUAAGAGGCAUAUUUUUGAUUUUGUUUCUUUUUUGUUUUGUGGUUAGAUACCCAGAAGUGUAAAAUACUUACUUAUAAAUGAGUUGUAUUUAGAAAUGUGAAUCUCUCUUACCAAAGGAGGAACUUAUUUCGGUAAUUGGAAGAAGGACUCAAGUUGCAUUAAGAAGAUGUCUUUUAACAGAGUGGUGAGGAUGUUUCUCAUUCAAAACUUUCUCAACUUGGUCUCAUUUUGCUAACAGACUUUUCUUUAUACAAAAUACAAGGAUAUGCUGCAAUGACUAUUUUCAAUUUGCAUAUCACUUUCUUUUUUUAUCCUAAUUUUAAAAACUAGUUCAUUUUUUAUGAAGAAAUUGAUGUAGAGUAAGCUGGGUUUUUUGAGCUUCAUGUGGAUUUUUUCAUUGUAACAAGCAACUGUUAAUUUUUGUUGAUGUUUAAAUAUUUUUUUAAUAUCAAAGAUGUGAUAUAAUUUUAUAAACUUAAUAUCCUUGUGUUUACUGGAGAACAUAAUAAAUUUUGCACAUUUACUUCUUUA